CGAGCAUACAGCUGCACAGCGGCCGCCUGCAGCAUGCUUGCUCAUUACUCGUAUCACCGCUCUCUCUUCAGUCUUGUAUUGUCUCACAUAGCCGUGUGAUUGACGUCUAGGCUCCGCUACCUCCGACCCCUUUCGCGAUCACGAACGCCCCAUAACAGCUUGUUCACCGAGACAGUCCCUCGACACCCUCCUAUCCGAAAUCGCGCACACGCACCACUUCUAGGCUGCUAGAGCAUCUAUCACGCGGGAAUCGCCCGUUCACAGCAUCCAUGACGUCCGUCUCUGCGAAAAUGGCGUCGAGUGCAGGAGGAGGGCUAUUCAGCCGGGGGCAGUCGGGCAAUGUCCCAGCUAUGCGAGGAUUGGUGUCGUUCAUUGCGGAUCUGAGGAAUGCUCGCGCACGAGAGCUGGAAGAGAAGAGGAUCAACAAGGAGUUAGCCAACAUUCGGCAAAAGUUCAGGGAUGGCGGUCUCAAUGGCUACCAGAAGAAGAAAUACGUCUGCAAGCUUCUAUACAUAUACAUCCUAGGUUGGAACGUCGAUUUCGGACAUCUUGAAGCAGUCAACCUCAUCUCGGCUACAAAAUACUCGGAAAAGCAGAUCGGAUACCUCGCAGUCACCCUGUUCUUACACGAAGAGCACGAGCUAUUACACCUGGUUGUCAACAGUAUUAGGAAAGACUUGCUGGAUCACAAUGAACUCAACAACUGCCUGGCGUUACAUGCCAUUGCGAAUGUCGGCGGCAAAGAACUGGGAGAGUCUCUCAGCCCUGAAGUUCACCGACUCCUCAUAUCACCGGCAUCGAAAGCAUUCGUGAAGAAGAAGGCAGCUUUGACGCUGCUGCGUCUGUAUCGAAAACACCCUGGCAUUGUACAGAAUGAGUGGGCGGAACGAAUAAUAUCGCUGAUGGACGAACCCGACAUGGGCGUUGCGCUAUCUGUCACUUCGUUAGUCACAGCUUUGGUUCAGGACAACAUGGAACAAUACAAAGGAAGCUACGUCAAGGCUGCUAACAGGCUGAAGCGGAUAGUUGUGGAUAACGAAUGCGCGGAAGGCUACUACUACUACAAAGUACCUUGUCCUUGGAUACUGGUGAAGCUUCUCAAGCUACUCCAGUACUACCCACCUCCUGAGGAUUCGCACGUCCGUAAGCUCAUUCGAGAAGCAUUGCAAAAGAUCAUGGACUCAGCCUUGGAAAUGCCAAAGAAUGUACAGCAGAACAAUGCUCAAAAUGCUGUUCUAUUCGAAGCAAUUAAUCUUGUAAUCCAUCUGGACACCGAACAAGACCUCAUGGUGCAAAUCUCUCAGAGGUUAGGCAAAUUCAUCGCAUCCAGGGAGACCAAUGUGCGCUACCUUGGCCUAGAGGCCAUGACACAUCUGGCUGCUCGAUCAGAAACGCUGGAUCCUAUCAAGAAGCACCAAACGAUCAUUAUCGGUUCGCUAAGAGAUAGGGACAUCAGUGUGCGAAGGCAGGGACUGGACCUCCUUUACAGCAUGUGCGAUCCUACCAAUGCCCAAGCAAUCGUAGGCGAGCUGCUGAGGUAUCUUCAAUCUGCAGAUUACGCGAUAAGAGAGGAGAUGGUGCUCAAGAUCGCCAUUUUGACCGAGAAGUACGCUACAGAUGUUCAGUGGUACGUCGAUAUCACACUGCGGUUGAUUGCCAUGGCGGGAGAUCACGUUAGCGACGAAGUGUGGCAACGAGUAAUUCAAAUUGUGACGAACAACGAGGAGUUGCAGGUGUACGCAGCGCAAACCAUCCUGCAGUACGUCAAGUCUGAUUGUCAUGAGACCCUUGUGAAGAUCGGCGGGUAUCUGCUCGGAGAAUUCGGCCAUUUGAUCGCCGACAAUAAGGGCUGCAAUCCGAUCGAGCAGUUUAUGGCAAUGAGUGCAAAGAUGAGAGGCUGUUCAUCGACUACAAGAGCAAUAUUGCUAUCGUGUUACGUCAAGUUCGUUAACUUGUUCCCUGAGAUCAAGCCGCAACUUUUACAAGCAUUCCGCGCCUACAGUCACUCGCUCGACUCCGAGCUCCAGCAGAGAGCAUGCGAGUAUCUCACACUCGCCACGAUGCCAACGGACGAUUUGUUACGAACCGUAUGCGAUGAAAUGCCACCAUAUCCCGAAAGAACAUCAGCAUUGCUAUCACGAUUACAUCAGAAGCAUGCUACGACCAGUGACAAGAGGACAUGGGUAGUCGGAGGUAAAGACGCGAACGCAGAUCUCAAGGAGUUUGGUCUCGGCCGACAAAAUUCGACAGCAGGUUUCAAGCGAAGCUUCACUGAGCCGGUACCGAAAGACGCCAAAGCUGCCGCAGCAAAUGGUACAAAUGGUGCCAACUCUCUUUCAAGCGAUCUUGCGGGACUUGAUCUGAACAUCGAUAUGGGCAGGGCCACGAAGGCUCCAAAUCUCGCAAGCGCUGCCCACCUGAGUCCAGAUUGGGAGACCGGGUAUAAUCGCUUACUGCUUCGCGGAGAGGGUGUGCUUUACGAAGACCAACAAGUACAGAUUGGGCUACGAACCGAGUACCGAGGCCAACUUGGAUGUCUCAUCUUCUACUUCGCAAACAGGUCUUCGUUUCCAAUGGGCUCGUUUACAACAACACUCGACAACAGAUCCGCGGAGAACCUGAAAUCAGACAUCAAGGGCCUGCCUGACACGACCAUCGCACCCCAAGGCCAGACCCAGCAAACAAUCAUGUUCGAAUGUAAAAACGUUUUCACGGAAGCACCAACUAUUCGUAUAUCCUAUCUGGCUGGAGCUCUGCAGGGUCUCACACUCCAACUUCCUGUGCUGCUGCACAAGUACAUGGAAGGUGCCGAGCUGAGCGCAGAAGACUUUUUCAAGCGAUGGAAGCAAAUCGGCGGUGCUCCACGUGAAGCCCAAGCUAUUUUUGGUCUCGUCAGCAAGAACCGGACAAUGAAUACAGAAUUUGUACGGAAGGUAGUGCAGGGUUUCAAGUGGGGUAUUGUCAGUGGAGUCGACCCGAAUGCGAAGAACAUCGUCGGUGCAACGGUGUUGCAUACAAGUGAGGGUGGCAAGUUCGGAUGCUUGAUGAGAUUGGAGCCCAACUUCGAUACUCAGAUGUAUCGCAUUACGAUACGCGCUACCGACGAGGCCGUGCCACCUGUGCUGAUCAAGGCCAUGGAACAGCGACUUUCGCAGGGCAUUGAAGGCAUGGUCUAAUCAUCAAGCUUCUAAAUUCUCAAUACUAUCAUUCUUUUGUACAAUUUUUGGUGUACAAAGAGACGAUUUACAUAGUCUUGUUUGCUUGAAGGAUCUUGGUGGUGCAUUCUCCUGGAGGAUCUUAUUGCGUUCUACUGUAUUUGAGAACGAGAGAAGCGGGAGGUCUGUCGCAUACCCUAAUCAUUUCUAUCUAGCGUUAGCAAAGAAUCUUGGACCGUCUUUAAUAUGACAACUCAUAGCCGCAUUAAUAGGAAUUGUCAUUCCCCUGUUCCCCUUUUGGGGUGUGCAUGU